AUGGAUCCUGGAACUGAUCAAGAUCAAGAUCAAGAGGCUAUCAAAACAGACGAACAAGAACAAGUAGAAGCACAAGCUCCACAGAUCGAGGUGGAGGAUGAAGAACACACAGCGUCGAAACCCAAGAUUCUUGACUCUCCUUGUACUUCUUGCAACACAUUCGAACGACCGGAGAAGCACGAGGACAAUUAUCCUAUAGCGAACGACGAUCAGCAGCGCCAAGACCUCUCUACUCACGAGAUGAAG